GACACCAUUGUUGUUGGCAGUCAGAAUUUUGUUUGGGGUGACAUUACUUAUUGUGAUUUUGAUAUACAAAUGGCACAAAAGGCAUUUUAUUUGGAGCAGAAUAACUUGAUGCCUAUCAGAUACUCAUACAAGGAGAUCAAGAAGAUGGUGAGAGGUUUCAAUGAAAAAUUGGGUGAAGGAGGGUAUGACUCUGUGUACAAGGGAAAGAUGCGUAGUGGAUCUUAUGUGGCAAUAAAAAUGUUAGGUAAAUCAAAAAGUAAUGGAAAUGAUUUUAUAAGUGAAGUUGCCACCAUCGGAAGAAUACAUCAUCAAAAUGUAGUACAGUUAAUUGGAUUUUGUGUGGAGGGUUCAAAGCGUGCUCUUGUUUAUGAAGUCAUGUCUAAUGGAUCUCUUGAUAAAAUUAUUUUUUCUAAAGAUAGAAGUGUAGAUUUAAGCUAUGAGAAAAUAUAA